CGGUGGGAAACAUGAAGGUUCUGGUCGCACUGUCCGCUGUCCUGGCGCUGGGCGCUGCCCAGUACUCGCCGGUUGGGUACCCGUACUCCGGGUACAGCCCGGUGAGCUACUACGCCGCCGGCGCGUACAACCAUUACGCCCCGACGGCGUACAGCGCGGCGCCAGCCGCUGCCGUCAGCUCGCAGUACCACGCUCAGGAUGAGCUGGGCCAGUUCAACUAUGGCUACGCCGGAGGACCGUCUGCCAAGAACGAGUUCAGGAGGUUCGAUGGCGCCACCGUUGGCAGCUACAGCUACAUAGACGCCAACGGCAAGGUGCAGACCGUCUCCUACACGGCCGACGAUGUCAACGGCUUCCAGGUGAAAGCGACCAACCUUCCUGUGGCCCCGGAGGCAAACCUGCAGGCGCCCGUGUUCAACCUGGAGGCGCCCGUGUUCGACGGCGUGGCUCCCGAGCCGGUGCAGGACACGGCCGAGGUGGCCGCCGCCAAGGCCGAGUUCCGCAAGAAGUACGCCGAGGCGGCGGCCGCUGCCGCCGCUGCGCCCGUGGUCUCUUACGCCGCCCCCGCCGUCCACUACACCACCCCCGUGGUCUCCUACGCUGUCCCCGAGGUGAAGAAGGUUGAGGUCAAGCAUGUGGCCUCUCCCAUCACAUACGCUGCCUCUCCUCUUCCCCUGGCCUAUGGCCUGCACCCGUACGGCUACGGUGCCCCUCUCAUCUACAACGUGGAGGCUAAGGAGGAGACUGCCGCUGUCGAGGAGGCUGCCGAGGAGGAGCCGGCCGUCGCCACCUUCAAGACGGCCACCCUGGAUAAGGUGGAGGCCGACACCCCGGCCGACACCAGCCUGCUCAAGGUGACUGAGAAGGAGCACGAGACGUACGUGCCCAGCGUGGUCCCUUACGCCGCCCCCGCCGUCCAUUACACCGCCCCGGUGGUUUCCUACGCUGUCCCCGAGGUGAAGAAGGUUGAGGUCAAGGCAGUCCCCAUCACCUACGCUGCUAACGCCUUCGCCUACGCUGCUCCUGCCAUCACAUACACCACCCCCGUGGUCAAGAAGGUUGAGGUUAAGCACGUGGCCUCUCCCAUCACGUACGCUGCCUCUCCUCUUCCCUUGACCUAUGGCCUGCACCCGUACGGCUACGGUGCCCCUCUCAUCUACAACGUGGAGGCUAAGGAGGAGACUGCCGCUGUCGAGGAGGCUGCCGAGGAGGAGCCGGCCGUCGUCACCGAGAAGGAGCACGAGACGUACGUGCCCAGCGUGGUCUCUUACGCCGCCCCCGCUGUCCACUACACCGCCCCCGUCGUUCGCUACGCCGUCCCGGAGGUGAAGAAGGUCGAGGUCAAGGCGGCCCCCAUCACCUACGCUGCCUCUCCCCUUCCCCUGACCUAUGGUCUCCACCCGUACAGCUUCGGCACUCCUCUGAUCUACAACGUGGAGGCCAAGGCUGCUGAAGUCGAGGAGAAGGCUGAAUAA